AUGAGGAAAUGCCCUUCGACCGGUCUGGUGCGGCAUAAGACCCAUGCUCGUAAAUCGCUGCAAAUUAUCGAGAAGAAAAUUAUUGAAAAACCAGUCGAGGGCAGACGUGGCCGAAACUCUGAGAACUGUUUCUCCUUAACGCAUGGGCGUCUCUCAAGAAUUCCUACUACCUUUGAAUAUCGCAAUGGAGGUAUCACGUUCACAUUUCCGGAUAAAAUGGAUAAGUGUAACGCGAAGCCCAUCACCGUCAAAGACCUAGCUCUUACCCGACGACCCACUCCUAGGUCUAUCAUCUCGAAAAAUGUGAAGUGCCUACCAACCACCACUUUUGAACACCUCUGUUGCCAAAGUUAUGCCGAAAUGUGUACCGAAUUGUUCGGCAUGAAAAUAUCCCAUCGCCUCGGUGGACGGAUCAAGUCUCAAAAUUUCGACACUUCUCUCUCACAAACACGCCGUCGGAUUGAUUAUGUAACAAUAGACAUCCUCAUCGCGCGACUACGGCAAGCUGUAGCACCGAAAGACUCGCCCAAGUCAGGCCACCGACCUUCAUCCAAGGUCAAACAUCCUACCUCCGCCAGUCCCAGGCCAGCGGCAGUCGUACCGAAACCCCCGACGCCACAACAUGACGUAAAAUCUAUCCCAAGCUUGGCCCGAAGAUCGCGUUCCUCCAAACCCAGCUUUGUCGCACGUAUUUGUCCUUUGUGCAAGCCUUUGCAAUCGCAAGGAAUCAUCACCGUACCAUCUCUUCCAUUACAGAGGACUUCAUCAUCACGAGCGGCGACUGUACCUGCUCGUCCUCCAUCGAAACCUUCACCUUUGCGGAAGGUCGUCAGCUUUGUUCCUGCUCCUCCGUUACCAAAGCUUUCUCCAUUGCGAGAGAUUUCUAAAUUCAGCACGCCUACAUGUCCGCGAGCGAAGCCUACACCAUUGCGAGAGGUUAUCAGCUACAAAUCACCUGUUCAUCCGUUGUCGAGGCCUUCGCCAAUGCGCGAGGUCACUAGCUUCACAUCACCUACCCGUGCAUUUUCUAAGGCUUCGACAUUCGGAGAGGCUCUCAACCUGCUCGAUCCUUAUCGUUCUCGUUCAAAACCUUCGUCAUUGCGAAAGGCUCCAGCCUCCACAGUACCUGCUCGUCCACCAUCCAAGUCUUUGCCUUUUGGAGAGGCCACCAAGCUCAUCCCACCUGCUCAUUUUGAUUCGAAACCUUCGUCAUUGCGAAAGCCUUCCGCCUUCACAGUACCUGUUCGCCCAUCGUUGAAGUCUUUACCAUUACGGGAAGUUACCAACGUGACCGUACCUGCUCGUCCGUUAUCGAAGCCUUCGCCAUUGCGAGAGGUUGCCGACUUUGACCUCUCCGUUCGAUCUGCACCCGAGUCUUCGGCAAACGAAACCAUUGAUACCAAUGGUAUCUCCCCUACUGAACGCCGUGCAGUAUUACCGCUGCCUAGGCGGCAGCGCAUGUUCUGCAAAGCGGGAAAAGCAGGAUCCGUUGUGGUGCCGUCAUUCUCGCAGCAACCAUCCGUGACUCCUCUCCCCUUGGAUCCCGAAGCCCGCGCGCCGGCAUUCGUAGGGGACGGUAACAAUGUUCAGCUGGCCAUGGAUUCGACCAGAAAAGUGCCGCGAUCCUUGUUCCUCUCUACUUCAGUGGCGCCGAAGGCGAUCACGCCACAAUCCUUCUCCCCUUUUAUCGACAUGUCAGAGCCUUAUAUCAUCGGGCCUCAACCAUCCUCACCCACUCGUUCUGACGUAGAGAUGGUAGACGCCUGCAAGUUCGUAUCGCUCGAGGGGACUGAUUGUGGUGACCGCGACAUGAUGGACAAUCACAUCACUUGUCUAAAUUGCCACAAGGAAUUUAAACGCAGCGACUCUGGUCACUUCCUCACCUGCGUUAUACAGGAGAGAUGUCGAGAAUGUGGACAUGCCCUGAACGUUGAAGAGGAAGAGGAGUGUUUAUAUUGCGAACGGAGGGAGGCUCUGCUCGCGUAA